CUAAACCCAUUAGAUCAAAAAGACGAAGAAAGCAAAACUCCCGUCCAUUUCAUCAUGGAGGAGCACCCGUAUCCAGUCACCGUCCUGGGUGAAUGGGGGACGAUUCCCCCGAAAACAAUAAAGAACAAACUUCAGAUUUAUUUCCAGAGCAAGAAGAAAUCGGGUGGCGGAGACUGUCGGGUUGAGUGCACGGGCGCAGGAACAACAAUCCGCUUCAAAUCCGAGGACGUCAGGAAAAGAGUAAUUGCUCAAGAAGACCACGAACUCACAGUGGAAAACGCAAACGUGAAAUUGCAACUUUUUCUGUGCAAAGAAAACCCGGAAGAUGCUGUACAUGGAGCGGAAGGGGGUGACAUUAGACCUGCGGAACCAGGUGUACCGGGGGAGGAGGAGGGCAGCUCAGCAGUGCUGCUAGAGAAGGUUCCAGAGCAGCUCUCUCGGGAGACACUGACCAUGAUGGUGGAGAGCAUCUGCAACAAGUGUGAGGAGGAGUUCUGUCUGGAGAUGAUCCAACACAGGAACGCAGCUGUGGUGACCUUCAGCGACCCCUCUGGUGUGUGCGUAAUACAGUUUGCGGCAGGGUUCCUGGGCUGCAGCAGUGGUCAUGGCCGGUUCCAGCAGUAUGGGCUGGGGUGCCGGGCUCUGGGGCCCAGCUGCAGUGUGCGGGUGGAGGGGCUCCCCCCCCAGGCUGGGUCUGAGCUGCUGGAGAUGUACUUCGAGAUGGAGCGGCAGGGUGGGGGCCCAGUGGCCGACAUCGCCCUCAUCCCAGAAGAGCAAGCUGCCAUCAUCACCUUCCAGGACCCCAGAGUGGCAGAGGCUGUGCUGCAGAGGAAGCAUGAGAUCUGCAGAGUGGAGGUGAGCGUGUUCCCGUUCCGGCCGGAGCUGGGCACGGCGCUGUACGGCAGGGCUCGCUCUGAGUGGACCCUGCCCGAGGCCUUCAGCCAAUCGCUGCAGCCCGCUCUGGCCCGCUUCCUGCAGCAGCCCGGGCCCCUGGCGGACCUCACCUCCCGCAUGCGGCCGCUCUUCUGCCAGGUGGAGCUGGGCCCCGCCCGCGCUGAGCUCCGCCCCACAGCCGGCCUGCUGGCCCGCCCCGGGCAGACGCCGGGCGGGGUGGCGGCGUGGAGGGGCGCGGCUACGGCCGCGUUCAGCGGCGUCCUGGCGCAGUACGGCUGCGUGGAGUGCAGCGUGAGCGCCCCCGUGUGGCGGGAGGCGGAGCUGCAGAUCCGUCAGGCUGCGGACGAGCGGGACGUGCUGCUGCUGCCAGACCUGCCGCGCGGGGCCCUGGCGCUGGCCGGCCGGGCGGAGGCCCUGGGGCCCGCGCGCCAGGAGGUGGAGGAGCUGCUGCAGGGGGCGGCCCGGAGGCACCACAGCGUGUCGGAGGAGGUGCAGCUGGCUCCCGCCGAGUUCCACCUCCUGCAGCCGGGCCUGGCCCAGGCCCACCCCGCCCUGACGCUCCAGUACCGGGCCGAGGCCGGCUGCCUGCGGCUCCAGGGCCUGCCCUCAGAGGUGUCCCGGGGGAAGAGCGGGGUCCUGGAGCGGCUGCUGGCCCUGGAGCGCCGGCCCCUGCAGCUGGAGGCGGGGCUGGAGGGCUUCCUGCGGGCGGCGGACGGCGAGCGGGUGACCCGUGACCUCCUGACCUCGCGCGGGGCGGGCGUGGCUCUGCGGGUGGACGGGCCGGACCUGCUGCUGCUGGGGCCGUCGGGCGGGGCCCUGUCGCGGGCCCAGACCCUGCUGACGGACGCGCUGGGGGCCCGGAGCCUGCAGGCCGAGGACCCCGCUGUGCUGCGCUCGCCCCAGUGGGCGGAGCUGAAGAGCCGGCUGUCCGCGGCGCACGGGCCGCGCGUGUCCGUCAGGGAGGACGGGCGGGGCGGCGUGGGCGUGGCCGGCCUGGCGGACGCGGUGCAGGGCGUGGCCGACGCCCUGGGGGCGUGUCUGAGGGAGCGGGCGCGGGUGGAGGAGGCGGAGCCGCUGCGCUCCGUGGCCGUGAUGCGCUUCCUGCAGAAGUUUGGCGGCUCUGACUGGCAGGCGCGGGCGGAGGCGCAGCAGGUCAGCGUGCGCUUCCAGGCCGGCCGGCGGCCCCGCGUGCUGCUGGCCGGGGCCCGGCUGCAGGUGCAGGCCCUGCGGAGCCUGUUCGCCCGGCUGGACUCCGCCCUCUGCACGCAGCAGCUCUCCCUGGCCCAGCCCGGCGCCCGCAGGGCCUUCCUGGAGAUGGAGGGCGUGCUGGACAGUGUGACGCGCAGCAGGAAGUGUGUGGUGGUUCUGCAGGAGGAGGAGGAGGAGGAGGAGGAGGAGGAGGAGCUGUGCCGGGUGCGGGCGGAGGGCGGGGUGCUGGUGACGGUGCGGAGGGCGGACCUCACGCGGGUGGAGGUGGACGGGGUGGUGAAUGCGGCCAAUGAGGACCUGCAGCACAUGGGCGGGUUGGCCGGGGCCCUGCUCCGCGCCGCGGGGCCCGCGCUGCAGGAGGCCAGCGACGCGUACGUGCGCACGCACGGCCGUCUGCGGCCCGGCGACGCUGUGGCCACGCCCGCCGGCCGGCUGCCCUGCCGGCUGGUGCUGCACGCCGUGGGGCCGCGCUACUCCCGGGCGGAGAGCUCGCUGUGCGUGCAGCAGCUGGGCCGGGCCGUGAGCCGCAGCCUGGAGCUCGCCCAGACGCACCGCUGCUCCUCCCUCGCCCUCCCGGCCAUCAGCUCCGGCCUCUUCGGCUUCCCGCUGCAGCUCUGCGCCCAGACCAUCGCCAGGGCCGUACGCCAGCACUGCCAGGCCCCGCGGCCGGCCGCGCCCACGCUCACCCACAUACAGCUCGUCAACAACGACCACAAGACCGCACAGGCUAUGGCCCGGGCCGUGGAGACCGCGUUCGCUGACCUGCGGCCCCAAGCACCGUCCCAGCCCAGCCGCGAGAGGAGCCCCCCGCAGGCUGCAGAGUGGAACAGUCAGAGGGACUGGAGUUCUGGCCACAGCCGGGACAGACCAUCCGAAAGCAGGGGGGAGCUGGAGACCAAGCACACUGAAGAGGGCCAGGCCACAGUCCUCGGGAAAGGGAGGAGCCCCCCGCAGGCUGCAGAGUGGAACAGUCAGAGGGACUGGAGUUCUGGCCACAGCCGGGACAGACCAUCCGAAAGCAGGGGGGAGCUGGAGACCAAGCACACGAAAGAGGGCCUGGCCAUAGUCCUCAGGAAAGGAAACAUCCAGGAUGCCUCUACGGAUGUGAUUGUGAACAGCGUGGCACAGAGCCUGGACCUGAGUCAGGGGGCUGUGUCCAAUGCCAUCCUACAGGCUGCCGGGGCCUCUCUGCAGGGUGCCCUGCAGGGCCAGAGGGCCCAGUAUGGGGAUGUGCUGCACACCCCCGGCUACAACCUCAACUGCCACAUCUACCACUGCGUCUGCCCCUCCUGGGACGGGGGCACGGGGGACGCACAGCAGAAGCUGAUCCACAUGGUGCAGAAGUGUUUGAGUGACGCGGAGCAGCACAGGAUGCAGUCUCUGGCCUUCCCCGCCAUCGGCACAGGAAACCUGGGCUUCCCGCGUGACCUGGUGGCUCGCAUCCUUCUGUCGGAGGCCCUGGCCUUCAGCCAGAGGAGAGCGCCCUCACACUUGCGCUCUGUGCUGUUUCUGGUGCACCCCAGCGACACGCAGACCGUGGAGUGUUUCCUGAGAGAGUUCAGAGGUCAAGCACAGGGGCACAAAGGACCCGACCCACACCCUUCCAGCCUAUCACAGCAGGAGAAAUCCUCCACUGCCCAACCAAAGCCAGCCUUCUUCGGGCAGAUCUCCAGCCCUGCCCGGGAGGUCUACAGCAUGAGCAUUGGGCCCCUGACCCUGCAGGUCUGCUCCGGUGACAUCACCAGGGAGAACACUGACAUCAUCGUCAACUCCUCCAAUAGCACCUUCAACCUCCACACAGGGGUGUCGAAGGCCAUUCUGGAGGCAGCAGGGGUGGAUGUGGAGGAGGAGUGUACACGAUCCGGCUCUCAGCCGAACAGCGGUCUGAUCGUGACGCGUGGGGGGGGUCUGAGCUGUCGGAACAUCGUGCACAUCGUGGUGCCGAGCGAGCCGCCCAGAAUCCGGGACCUGGUUGUGCAGGUGCUGCAGGUGUGUGAGGACAUGAAGAGGGCGUCUGUGGCCUUCCCCGCGCUGGGAACAGGUCAGGGUAACACUAAACCGCCACUUGUGGCAGAAGCGAUGAUCAGUGCUGUGACCGACUUCGUGAGGAAGAACACCAAGCCACAUCUGAAGUUUGUGAAGAUUGUUAUUUUCCAGACAGAGAUUAUGUCUCAUUUCCACAAGAGCAUGAAGAAGAGGGAAGGAGGGGGACCACCUGCGGAGAAGGGUCUGUUGACUAAAGUUGUCGAUGCGGUCGGCAGCUUUUUUCUGGGUGGGGACGGAGCGAGCAGGGGAGCGGAGGGGGAGGCAAAGCCUGUGUUGGAGGCAAAGUUUCCCCCGGCGGAGUUUCCCCCGGCGGAGUUUCCCCCGGCGGAGUUUUCCCCGGCAGAGUUUCCCCCGGCGGUGUUCCAGCUGUGCGGAGAGAGCAUGAAGGCCGUGGCGGACGCUCAGGCUGAGCUGAAGCGCCUGCUGAUGAAGGAGCAGACGGAGCGGAUCCUGCAGGACCCCGCCAUCGCACACCUGAGCCCGCGGCAGCGCCACGCCCUGCAGGGCCUGCAGCACACGCUCACGGUGCGCAUCCAGCUCCAGGGCCCGGCCGGGGCCCCACAGAUCCACCUAGAGGGCCUGACCCGCGACGUGGCUACUGCUGAGGACCAGAUCCGCCAGAUGAUACGUGAGGCGGAGCGGGCGGAGCGGGCGGAGCGAGACCGGAUGGAGGCGGUCCAGCUUCUCCAGCUGGUGGGGUGGCAGCAUGACCACAAGGGCAUGUUUGAGCCCUUCGACGUCCUCACCAACCGCGCACUGGAGAAAGCCUAUGAGAACCAGCAGUCCUGCGUCAGCAUCCGCCUGAACGACUUAGAGUACGAGGCUGACCUGGGCAGGAUGAAAGCUUGCCGUGUCUGGGGAAACAGCUCCAUCACUCUGAGAAGAGUAGAGAAGAAAGAGAGCCCUCCAAGCUCCAGGGCCGGUGUGGACCUGGGCAUGCGGUCCCUGCAGCAGGGCUCGGCAGAGUACCAGGAUGUGGUGUCCAAGGUGAAGUUGAGUGGCAUCGCCAACAGCAUCGUGGAGGUUGCUGAGGUUCAGAACGCUGGGCUGUGGAAGACGUAUAAGCAGAAGAAGAAGACCUUGGACAGGAGGCGGGGUCCCAGGAGCCGGGAGCGAUGGCUGUUCCACAGCAGCAGCGCGCCACACAUCAACCAGAUCAACCAGCAGGGCUUCACCCCCAACGCCACCGCUAACUCUCACCCUGCUCCGUAUGGGAGAGGGAUCUACUUCUGUGAGGAUCCUAACACAGCGCUGGACAUGUACUCCAAAGCAGAUGCUCAGGGGCACAAGCAUGUGUACCUGGCCCUGGUCCUUCCUGGGGAGUACACCCAGGGGGGGCCUUCCAUGGCCUCUCCCCCCCAGCUCAUCUCUGGGAAUCAUGCUGAUCUUUACGACAGUGUUGUGGACAACCCUGCAAAGCCAACCGUAUUUGUGAUCUUUGACGGUUCGCAGGCUUACCCAAAAUACCUCAUCAAACUCAAGUGAGUGUCAGCAAAACUCCAGCCAUGGGAGCAGGUCUGCCUGUGUACCCUGUACAGAAUUACCACACAAAAAAUGCUUUUAUUAAAACUGUGUGUCUGUUCAAACAUAUUGAGCUGUACAAGAGUUAUUUGUCUAAAAGAGUACACAAAGUACAAGGAGCUCAUUUAAUCAGGUGUUUAAAAGGCCAUAACGCUGCUUUCUGAUUGCGGGCUUAGUGACGUGCGUCUUCACAAGGGAAAUGUUUUUGUUUGGUGAUUGCAGGCUGGGCGGCCUGACAUUGCAGGGAUGGGGGCUUAAGACAGCUCAGCUGUUGUAGAGUGACAGAAAAUAUUAAGGCGGGUUAAGAGAGACAAUGUGAUGUUUGUAUGACAGAUGAUUGGUUAGCUAUAUUGUCUAAAGACUAGGACACUUCCUACUGUUACUUUGGAAUUAUCUGGUCUCUUGAAGCUUCUUGCACAGAGUACACAGAUUCCCCAGAUUAAACUGUUUUAUUUUGAACUAAAGAUUUGUAACUAAAGUUUGAACAACUCUGGACUCUGAGUGCUUCUUCACCAUCACUGCUGCCGUGACAACUUCACCCACCUCAAAGGGACGAGGAGGAACGGCGACAGAAAUAUUUCCUUAAAACUAUGCAACAAAAAAAAGAUAACCUACACAAACCAUCAAAAUCUGCUGUAUAAAAUCACUCUUGAUAGUGUCCGAAAUGCAGACAAACCGAUUUAACACGAAGGAAAAAUGAUGAUGAUACUGAGCAAAAUGUUUGUGUUGAACUGCAUAAGUGAAUCUUUAUAAAUGAAUACCUUUACUGAAUUAACUUUACUUUUCACUGACAAUAUACACAGUCUGGUUUAUAAAAGCUAGCAAUUAAACAAAUUAUAUACUUGUACUUUAACCAGUCCAUAUAUAUCCUUUACAGGUCUUUUGUAAUAGUUAUAUCACAUUGCAAUUGUGUUCCCUGUUUUGAUUGAUAUCUGGAGAUGAGUUUACUCUGAAUGUGACUGGAUAAACAGCCCUUUAAUAUGUUUAGAUUAAUGAAAUGUGUCAAUGAUAAUUUAUUAAAGAUUUCAUUUCCUCACUGAAAAUAA